UUGUCCAUCGCCGACAUCGCCGAAGCCGAAGGCAAGCAUCCGCUGGACGCCUUCCUGGACAUUGCCCUGGACGAGGACCUGGAAACCGAAUUCGCUCACCCCGCCGGCGGACAGGGCGACGACGCUCGGGCCGAACGGCUGGUGAAUCCUUACGUCCACAUCUCGGUUUCAGACGGUGGGGCCCACACCAGGUUCCUGGUCAACAGCGUGUGGCCGGUGUACUUCUUGGCACACUGGAUUCGCGACAACGAACUGAUGACCCUGGAGCAGGCUCACCAGAAGAUGAGCGCCCUGCCUGCGGCGUUCUCUGACAUGAAAGGUCGUGGCACCCUGCGCGUUGGCGACUGGGCCGAUGUCAUGAUUUACAACAUGGAAGAGCUCGGAUUGCUGUACGAUAAGCCUCGGUUUGAGACUGACUUCCCGGGC